AAUUCGUCCUUUCACUUUAAUUCGUUAACUUUCCCUUUUCCAUAUUUGUUGUCUUUAUUUAUUCUUCCUUUUCCUCUCAUAACAAUCUCACAAACCUCAUCACAAUGUCUUCCCAACAUUUCCUCACUUUCUUCUUCUUCCUUUUCCUCUCUUGCAACACCAUCCCUUCUUCAACAUCAUCACAAAAUAAAGACACUUUCGAUUUUGUUCGUCCUAUAGAUCGCAAGCUGUUAGGCCUAACCAAGAAGGAAAAACUAAGUCAUUUCAAAUUCUACUGGCAUGACAUUCUGAGUGGAAAAAACCCAUCUUCAGUUUCAAUUCUUCCACCAUCAUUAAACUCAACCACUUAUUUUGGUUCAGUCAACAUGAUUGACAACCCUUUAACAUUAGGACCAGAAUUGAGUUCCAAACUUGUUGGAAAAGCUCAAGGCUUCUACGCAUCUGCUUCACAGGCUGAACUUGGUUUACUUAUGGCUAUGAAUUUUGCUUUCAUUGAAGGAAAGUAUAAUGGAAGUAGUAUAACUAUCUUGGGGAGGAAUCCGGCUUUGAAUAAGGUGAGAGAGAUGCCUGUUGUUGGUGGGAGUGGACUCUUCAGAUUUGCUAGAGGAUAUGCUCAAGCUACUACUUACUCGUUCGAUUACAAAUCUGGAGAUGCUUGUGUUGAGUACAAUGUUUAUGUUUUUCACUAUUGAGUGCUAUUUCUUGAUGUUAUUGUUUAUUUUAGGAUUUAUGGUUGUUUUCACUUUUACUGCACUAGUUAAUGUGGUUGGUGUUACUCUUAUUAAUAAUAGUUAAUGUGGUUGCUGCA